AUUCAUGUUUAUUACAAUCCUGAACAACGUCACAGACGCAGCGGAAUUAUUACCACACGGCGACUAUGUGGUUUCACACGUUGUUUUUGUGUAUUGUUAUUGUUGUACAGACAGACGGACAUCGGCCGCAGGGAUAUGUAGAUACAGCUCCAAAAUCUACGGCGAGCGAAACUCAAGCCCAAGAUGGCCCCCGAACGGUGUCAUCAUCCGGUUCUUUCCUGGGAUCCUGGAUGGAGACGCGACGUGGACGACGAUUUGAAGCAUACCGCGGUAUCAGAUACGCUGAACCGCCAGUAGAAGAGUUGAGAUUCAAGCCUCCUAAACCGAUACUUCGAUAUGACGAAGAAGUAGACGCCAGCAAAGAAGGCCCUGCAUGUCCUCUGCCAGCUACGAAGGUGACAAUCGAUGAGGAUUGUUUGAGGAUCAAUGUGUACACACCUGGUGGUAACAACACCAAGCCUCUGCCUGUGAUAUUCUUCAUUCAUGCGGGCGGGUUCUACUCUAUGACGGGUCGCAGCGACCUCGCCGGUCCUCACUACCUCCUCGACAGAGACAUCGUUCUGGUCACCAUCAACUAUCGACUUGCUACUCUUGGCUUCAUCAGUACCGGUGAUGCUUUAGCUCCUGGCAACAACGGCUUCAAAGACCAGGUGGUGGCAUUGCGUUGGGUGCAACAGAAUAUUCGUGCAUUCGGCGGAGACCCGGAUCUUGUUACUAUAACCGGGUGCAGCGCCGGUUCUAGGAGUGUAAUGCUUCACAUGAUUUCACCAAUGUCAAAAGGUCUUUUCCACCGCGCUAUAUCGAUGAGUGGGUCCGCGACAUCCAAAGCACCUAUCCCUCACCAUCAGUUUGACCUUGCACAGAAACAGGUGCGGAUCAUGAACUGCUCUCAAACAAACACCUCUGAGGAAAUCAUCGCGUGUCUGAAGACCAAAUCUUACAGAGAUUUAGGUUAUUCAUUAGCGGGAUUUUUUGAUCAAUUCAAUUCGGACCCAGUUGGCCUUUGGAGUGCUGUGGUGGAACCAGACUUUGGGCAAGAGCGUUUCCUCACGAUGGAUCCGACGGACGCGAUCCGCGAGGGUAAAAUGCACGCGGUACCCUACAUAAUCAGCCAAACAAGAAAUGAAUUCUUCUGGAAGGCUUUAAAUGUUCUUAAAAACGAAACCCUGAUUAAUACUAUGAACGAAGAGUGGGAACGGAUCGCCCCAAUUUCCUUUAUGUUACCACCGGAAAACUCUUCAGUAGCAGUAAGCAGGUUGAAGCAAGCUUACCUUGGAGGCAAGAAAUUGGUCAAAGACGACGCCAGUGCGCAGGGCCUUGGGAAACUUUAUGGAGAUGCCAUAACUGGUUUUCCAACACACAGGAUGGCCAACCUGAUGUGCCGUCAUUCCCCGCAUAAAGUGUAUGACGCAGAGUUUGACUAUAUCGGUAAUCACAGCCACUACGAGGAUCCGGAUACUAAGAAACCAAUAGGUGUGGCCCACCAUGAUGACCUGAUCUACCUGUUUACACUGAGCUACCGGUUCCCCACCAUCCAAGUGAGCGACAGCAAGGACUCACAAAUGGUUGACAAGAUGACCGCAAUCUGGUACAACUUUGCAAGAUACGGUGACCCAAACCCUCGUGACUCCGAGCUCCCUGAACUGUCCACGUUGGCCUGGCCACCGAUGACGCCGACUGAUCGCAAAUACUUGCAACUCGGAGAAAAAUUCUCGGUACGUGAGAAACUGUUCGAAGAUCGGUUCCACGUUUGGGAGGAAAUUUACCCCAUACAGUAUUAAAAUGGAGGAAAAAUAUUUUAUUGUUAUCAUAAAUACAACCCACAAUAAAAAAAUUUAGAUU